AUGGCGACUGAUGGUAGCGUUGUACCUUUGUCCAUUAAGAAGCGAUUUUCACACACCGAGGGAAACACCAAUGCUGCAUUUGAAAAUUCUGAAAGUUCUCAACAAGUGUAUCCUAAUUUGGAAACAAACAAUGUCGAGAAACGAAAGUUAUCGUUUGAAUCCGGUACUAAACCUGGUGAUGAUGACAAUGGCGAUGACGUUCUUCCGGCUAUCACUAUCACAGAUGUAAAUGACGUCACGACGGAUGAAGAGAAAGAUGGCGGGCUCAUUUACAAAAUCAGUGACCCCGUACCAAUUCAUCUCACCGUUCUCUUUGCGUUACAGCAAGCCCUGUUGUCCCUGUCCACGUCACUGGCUGUGUCUCUGUUAGUGGCCCAGGUUGUGUGUGCCGAGGACAAUGAAGACUUCAAGGCCAGACUUCUUAGUUCAACCUUGUUUAUGAACGGCAUCACAACCCUCCUAAUGGUCACGUUGGGAAUAAGAUUACCGCUGUACCAGGGAGCAACACCGGAUUAUGUGGCGCCCUUACUGGCCAUGGCAGAUAUAGACAAAGACAGGUGUAACAACACACAGCCUUUCACAGUUUUCAACAACAUCACUAACAUGACAGAGACGGUGUUCCCUGAAGGUACCGAGGAAACCAUUCUACAGGCAGUCCAAGGGUUACAAGGCAGCCUAUUGGCUGCUGGUGCCAUACACUUCCUGAUAGGAGCCACGGGAUUGGUUGGAGUGCUGCUGAGAUUUAUCGGACCUAUCACCAUUGUUCCGACCAUCCUCUUGAUCGGUAUUUACAUGGUCAAGUCCAUCACAAAGUUCGCGCAGUUCCACUGGGGCAUUUCUUUGAUGACAUGUGCCAUUGCUAUUAUACUGUCGUUAUACCUCGCAAAGAGAGAGAUGCCGAUACCUGUGUACACAAGGAAAAAACGAUGUCACGUGAUCCGUUAUCCUCUACAUCAAGUGUUCGCUAUACUGAUCGCUCUAUUGGCUGGGUGGCUUCUUUGUGGUAUACUAACGGCGGCCGGGGCGUUCAGUACAGCCAGGGACAGUCAGGACUAUUAUUCUAGGACAGAUGCAAGAAUUGACGUCAUCAAUCGCGCCAGUUGGUUUUACUUUCCCUAUCCUGGUCAGUUUGGGAAAAUAAGCUUCAGCAUAUCAGCGUUUGUUGGUUUCCUCGUGGCAACGAUUGUUUCCAUAUUGGAUUCAAUAGGUGACUACUACGCAUGCGCUGCCACUUGCAAUGUUCCACCACCUCCUGCUCAAGGUGUUAAUCGCGGUAUCGCCAUUGAAGGAUUGUGUAGCGCCCUUUCAGGAGCAGUUGGGUGUGGUCACGCCACAACAACGUAUGGCGGUAACAUUGGAGCAAUAGGUUUAACGAGGGUUGGAAGCCGAUGGGUUUUCAUCACUGUUGCUAUCAUCUAUAUAGUGUUUGGACUCAUCGGGAAAAUAUCCGCUGUUUUUAUCACCAUACCGUAUCCUGUAUUAGGAGGCGUUCUCAUCGUUAUGUUUGGUGUCUUCAAUGGUGUUGUCCUGUCCAAUCUUAAGUCUGUAGAUCUGUCGUCUACUCGGAACCUCGCGAUCAUCGGAACCUCUCUUCUGGUUGGCUUGAUGAUCCCACACUGGGUGGAAGAAUACGAAAACGUCAUAAACACAGGUAAUAAAGAAGCAGAUGACGUCAUCACGAUGUUGCUAGGCAACCCAAACCUCGCUGGUGGUGUCCUCGCUUGUUUCCUUGACAACACAAUUCCAGGCUCCAGAGAAGAGCGAGGAAUCGCGGCCUGGGCUACACCAGACGAUACCAGUUCAUCCGCCACUACUGCUUCAGACUUCAGUGAGGGAUAUGAAGUUUAUAAUCCUAUUUUGUUUGAUAAGUACAGCAAUUCCAAAAUUUUACGGUUCUUGCCUUUCAUGCCGAAUCCUCUUCAGGAAAAUGCCAAGAAACAUCGCAGUUUAUCGCAUGAUUUCGGGAGAAGGCGAAGUUUGAGUGGUCCAGCCGUGUUGACAUCCACGCGAUGA